AUGUCGGAGGGCGAUGUGGACGCAGUGACAAAGGAUACGGGAUACGGUCGCGUCUUGGGCGAGAUCAUCAGGGAUUGGGGCGUCGCGUGCGCAAAGCGGCGGGCGGAAUGUUUGAUCAAGCUGGUGUCCAAGACCGUUCCUAACUUAAGCACGGCCAGUGGCGGAGGUCGUUUGGCGACGGACUACAACAAGUUCACUCGGCGUACGCCGGCGCUCGACGACUACGGCCCGCGCCUGCGGAACGAGGUCUACUUCCAGCAGGAGGAGUUCAACCGCAUGUUUCAGGAGCGGCGUUCCUUGGCGAUCAAGGCGGCCAAACAGCGGCUCAAGGGCAUUACUUCCUCUGAAAAGCCGGACCCCGACGAGUCGCGACGCGGCCUCGGCAUCGACCCCCUCGAGUCCAGCAUUCUGGGCCCGCGGAAAGCUAGGAAUAUCCGGAAGAAGGUGGAGCGCGAUCAGAUCUUUGAAUAUCAAAAGCAGGCGUCCCGCGACGGCGAAGACUGGAGCCACGUUUAUGAUGAGGUCGCCGCCCAGGUGAACGCCGAGGGAAGCGCCGCGCACCAGCUCACGGCCGAGAGCGCGGCCGCGGCUCACAAACUUGCGGAAGCGGAGCACCGACAACUCUUCCGGGAGUCGCCGUCAGCGCGCUACAUUUUCUCUUUAACUCCUGCUCGAUGGCGCGGAGGUUGAUGAGACGGUCCACACAGGUCGCCGUCGCUCCAGAAGCUCAGCCUGAUGACGCCCGUCGCGACGUGUCCCGCGCGCGCCAGGCGCCGCCGCGAGUCGUUGUCGCCGACGGGCGAGCUCCCGACGCGCGAGGACUCGCUCGUCGCGCUCGAGGAGCUGUCCACGCUCGAGAGCCGCGUGGUCUGCGACGCGAGCGAGUCCGGGUCGCUGCCGUCGCCGAUGUCGACGCCCGAGGACCCGACGAUGCUGCGGCCGCGCGACAAGUUCCACACGCGCGGGCCCGCGUCGAAUCACACGCCAUCGACGCGACACCUGCUCGACCGAGAGCUGAGUCUGUGGAAAUCCCGACUCGAUACCACACACAGGCUGAUCCGAGCGGACUCGCUCAACAACCACCGGUGGCAGGAGACCGAGGCCAAGUUCCUCUCCGCGGGCUCCUCCGACUCGCUCCCGCCCCAGGACCGCUGGAAGACGAGCCUGCCCCCCGGACAGAACACGACGGCGCCGCGACCGCGACACAUCUGA